CCUCGCGAGACCUCGGCGGCGCCGCAAUGGCGAGACCGUGAGUGCCGCAGACGGGAGUCGGAAGAGCGGGCUGGGGCGGGACUCGGCGAGGUCGGGCCGGGGAGACUCGCCAGGCUGCGGCCGCCGGAGCGGGGCGGCGGCCUGGACCCCGGCGGCCGCCGAGACCGAGCUCCCGCCUCUGCCCCAGAUGCCGCGUCACUGCUCCGCCGCCGGCUGCUGCACACGGGACACGCGCGAGACGCGCAACCGCGGCAUCUCCUUCCACAGGCUUCCCAAGAAGGACAACCCGAGGCGGGGUUUGUGGCUGGCCAACUGCCAGCGACUGGACCCCAGCGGGCAGGGCCUGUGGGACCCGGCGUCCGAGUACAUCUACUUCUGCUCCAAGCACUUCGAGGAGAACUGCUUUGAGUUGGUGGGAAUAAGUGGGUAUCACAGGCUGAAGGAGGGAGCGGUUCCAACCAUAUUUGAGUCUUUCUCGAAGUUGCGCCGGACCAAGACCAAGCGGCACGGUUACCCGCCGGGCCCCCCAGAAGUCAGCCGCCUGCGGCGAUGCAGGAAACGCUGCUCUGAGGGCCCGGGGCCCACCGCUCCAUUUUCCCCGCCUCCACCUGCUGACGUCGCCUGCUUUCCUGUGGAAGAGGCCUCGGCACCUGCGGCCUUGUCUGCCUCCCCAGCCGGGAGGCUGGAGCCUGGCCUCAGCAGCCCCUUCUCCGACCUCCUGGGGCCCCUGGGCGCCCAGGCAGAUGAAGCGGGCUGCAGCGCCCAGCCCUCCCCGGAGCGCCAGCCGUCCCCCCUGGAGCCGCGGCCCAUCUCGCCCUCGGCCUACAUGCUGCGCCUCCCGCCGCCCGCCGGCGCCUACAUCCAGAAUGAGCACAGCUACCAGGUGGGCAGCGCCCUGCUCUGGAAGCGGCGGGCCGAGGCCGCCCUGGACGCCCUGGACAAGGCCCAGCGCCAGCUGCAGGCCUGCAAGCGGCGGGAGCAGCGGCUGCGGCUGCGGCUGACCAAGCUGCAGCAGGAGCGAGCGCGGGAGAAGCGGGCCCAGGCCGACGCCCGGCAGACGCUGAAGCAGCACGUGCAGGACUUUGCCCUGCAGCUGAGCAGCAGCGUGGCCUGAGGGGCCACCUGGAGAGGGAGCUGCCCUGAGCCGUGUCUGCCACAAUAAAGGGGAGCCUCAAAAGCA